UGGCAUCAGUGUCGCAGGGAAAACAGAAACCCAAACCGGUCAUGGAGGCUAGUUAACGACUGUGCGCCGCGCUUGCGAAUAGUAAUUUCACCGAGAAGUUGUGAUUAUUUACGCGGACGCGAUAGAAUCGACAGAGUUGUUCGCCGGUUUAAACGAAAAUGGGUGCAUACUUGUCAGAACCGAUUACAAAGAAAGUGUCGAGCGACGAGGUAGGAAAAAGUGUUGCAUUCGGCGCGAGUUCCAUGCAAGGCUGGCGAAUUAGUCAAGAGGAUGCACAUAAUUGUUGCAUAGAGUUUGAUGAUAAUGUUUCAUUAUUCGCUGUAUAUGAUGGCCAUGGUGGUCACGAAGUAGCAACUUAUUGUGCGAGUAAUCUCCCGGAGUUCAUUAAACAAACUGAAGCAUAUAAGAAAGGCGAGAUCAGGCAGGCCUUAAUUGAUGCCUUCUUAGGCUUCGAUGCUACACUUGAAAAACCUGAGGUAGUUAGUAUCCUCAAGGAACUUGCAGGAACUUCUACUGCAGACAAGAAACAGGAUGAUGUAAACGAAUCUGAUGAAGAAGAAAAUGUUAACAAUCUAUGUAUGGAAGCAACAAUGCCAUUGGAAGAAGUAAUGGCAAAAUAUCAAUCAGAGUCAAAUCCUACAUUAAAAAAUAUGAAAAAUGAAACUUGCAAUAAACGUCCAUGUUCUGCAAGUCCUUAUGUACAUGGUAGAAGAGGUAGAGAAAAGGCGAGCUCUUCAUCUGGUGCAGGAUGCUCAUCGUCUUCAUCGUCAUGGAAUACAAACGAAACUGACGUGAGCAGUUCUAGCCAACCAUGUGGGUCGACUUUAUCUAGUACAAUGGAAAGAAAAGACUCUGAAUGCCCUGGAAGCAAUGAAGCUGAACAAGUUCUUGAUUCGACUACAAGUAAUGGGAAUGCGCAUGCAUCUCCACCAGUAGAAUCAACAGCAGAUGUAGAAGCCACAAAAGCUGCAGACAUGCCUGACAGUUCUGAAGAUGUAAACACAAAAGUUACAAGUCCCGGAAAAAUUACAUGUACACAGUCGAACGAAAACGAGGUGGAAUUAAACGGUGGAGAAUCUAAGCGAAUUGAAGACGCAGAUAGUAGUAAAGGUGGAGGCGAUAAUGUAUCGAGCAGUUCGUGUACUCCAGUAGAAAAUGGCGAUGCAGGACAACAGGAACGAAUAACCAGUACGGGCAGAAGAAGAAUCACGCCUGUUACUUUAUAUCGUACUCUCUUGAAAAAGGAUAAUGAGGACUCCGAAGAUGAUGACGACGAUGAUGAGAACGAUGAAACAUUCGAUGGAGUUCCAGAAAGUUUUAGCGACGAAGAUGACAUGGAAGACGUUGAUGAAGAUGAAAGUGAUGAGGAUGAAGAUGAGGAAGAUGAAGAUGGGGAUGGUAAUAUUGAUGAUAAUGAAGACGAUGAUGAUGAUAAUGAAGGUCUUAUGAUGGACACAGAAGAGCCAGGAUAUGACAGCGGAUGCACUGCAGUCGUUGCAGUGUUAAAAGGCAACGAAUUAUAUGUGGCAAACGCUGGUGAUUCCCGUUGCGUUUUAUGUAGAGAUGGUCAAGCUGUUGAGCUUAGUUUAGAUCACAAGCCUGAAGACGAACCAGAAAUGGAACGCAUAGUUAAAGCUGGUGGAAAAGUUACAGCCGAUGGUAGAGUGAAUGGUGGUCUUAAUCUAUCGAGGGCGCUCGGGGACCAUGCUUACAAACAAAAUGCGGAUUUACCGCCUCAAGAGCAAAUGAUAUCCGCACUUCCAGAUGUGAGGCACACCACAAUCGAUCCCGAAAAAGAUGAGUUCAUGAUACUCGCUUGCGAUGGUAUUUGGAACUUCAUGUCGAGUCAAGACGUCAUACAAUUUAUUCGUUCCCGUUUGCAUUACAACAAAUUAUCAAAAAUUUGUGAAGAGCUUUUCGACUAUUGUCUUGCACCUGAUACCUGUGGGGACGGUACAGGAUGCGACAACAUGACGGCUGUAAUAGUACGAUUCAAUCCAACAGCCGAUACCGUAACAAACAGCACUGUAGCUGAAGUAUGUACUGUUCAAAGACCAUUAUCUAUGUCUGACCAUGCGGAAGAGCGAAACGAGUGUAUUAUGCAGGAAGAGGCCAUGAAGUCUUGUAAACGUCUUAAAACCGAAGCGACCAUAACUAUGAAUUUCGAACGGAUACUCGAUAGUGAUCGAUACCAGUUACGUCAGAUAAUAUGUAAAGUAUGUUAGUGCUGGCUAUUGGUGGCAGACUGAUGAAUUGGAGCAUAUGAGGAUGAUAUUUUUGCUGUAAUCAUGUUUUGGUAUGGAUAAAUACUGCUUUACCGCAUUGAAUGAAAAGCCGAUAAUUUUCAACAAUAUCAUUCUACACAGUUUCAUUCUAUCUUAUUAACAGUGUACUAUACGCGGUCUAACAUUUUGAUAUGUACAAAAUAUAUAAGACAGUCAUAUAAAUAUAAUUCUGUACAAUUAACGAAAUAAUACUUGACUUUAUAAGUCUAUGGUAAUGAUAAGGUAGGUGAUAAGUAUAAAUAAAAUCAGUCUAAAAUCA